AUUUAGGCAUCUAAAAUUUAAGGAGGAAUGCAAGCUGCAUUAUCUCUUGCUAAGAAGAUAGUGAAAGCCACAUGGGGGAGUUGUACAAAAAGACACUAAAGCCACAAAUACUACUUAAGAAAUCCUUCAAGAAGACAAAGAACCUCUUCCUCAAAACUCUACAUAAUCUCAAGUCAUUUCUCUUUAAAGGUCAACAUAAGUUACCUAAAGUUUGUCACUUCAAUCCCUUCUUCUCUGGCAGCAAUCGAAUUCCAAACAGCAUUAUUCAAGAGUUGGAUGAUUUCUACAGAGACUUUCCUCAACGAUGGGAACAUUGUGACCAUAAUGAGAUUCCAGAGAGAAAUAGCAUUUGUGAAGAAUCAGUAGAGAACACUAUGGAAAACCAAGAAAGAAUGAGAAAAGAAGAGAAGGAAAGAGCAACAUUCAAUGAAGAAAAUAUAGGAGAGGUUUUUCUUCAAAGCACAAGUAAAGGACAGAUUUUAGCACAGAAGAUGAAGGAAUUAGAUUUGAUGGAUGAGGAAGAUUUGGAUCAAAUGCUGGACAUAGAAGAAGUGCUACACUACUACUCUCACCUAAACUGUCCAUUUUACCUUGAUAUUGUUGACAGUUUUUUCAUGGACAUGUAUACUGAGUUCUCACUUCCACAGCCAUUCAUCAAUAUCAACAGUUCAAUGCGAAGUCUUGGUCCUAUUGAGCUCUAGAAACUACUGUAUUUUUCGUCGACUGCCUGUGUCUUUGUAUGCCAGAGCAAUUUUCCAAGCUAGCCAACUUCUUCAUUGUCUGUUCAAUUCAAAUGGAUUCCUAUAUUUAGUAAUUUCAGAAAAUCCUUGGAUCUCUAUUUCUUGAUCAAGUUUCUUUAAGAAGUGAGUUAUGACAGUAGUACAUUCAUUAUUUAUAUUUUGGAUGGAAUUUGCUCUAUUAAGUGUAAUGUAGCAGAGUGACUUGAUCUUUACUAUCUGCCGUGAAGAGAAAUGUACACAUAUCCGUCCUUGAAGCUAUUCUACCUCAUUUCCCUGCCAUAAAAGAAUACCUCCCAUUUUUCCCAGUU